CUAGUACGAACGUAUACCGAACGCUUUGUAUAUCCUGUAAAUUAUAUCCUGUGUGUGCGAUUGAUCACGUCUGCCUGUACAUAAAUAGAGUAACCAGCCAGCACGAAAAGUGAAAAUACAUAGAGGCAAAGCCAGGCGAGAGCAUAUUUCAUAAGUUUGCACUCCGCACACAUAGAAAGCAGCGGCGAGAGCCAGAGAAAGCUGGCGACAAAGGCUAACGCACGACCUUUGGCACCGAGUUCACAUCCUGCGGCGGGGUCAGCAGCGAAUCAAUAAAGACAAAGACACCCACCCAGCCAGAGCAACUGCAUCCCCAAAUACACCAGUCCCACAUCGCGUCCACUUCGAGUCCCAGCGACCAACAUUCACUCGCAAAUUAUGCUGACCAUGUCGACCCUGAUGAUGCCAGCACCGACCAUAGCCAUGGGUGCCCCGCAGAUCACAAUGGGUCCGCACAAGCCGCCGGAAACGAAGCUGCUGGCCAUCCAUCCCGCUGCAGCGGCCGCAGCAGCCGCCCAGCAGCAGCAACAACAGCAGCAGCAGCAGCAGUCGGCGGUGACAGCUGCUCAUUUGCAGCACAAUGGCCAGCAGCAGCACUCGCAGCAGCAGCAACAGCAGCAGCAAAUGUCGCAACAGCAACAGCAGCAGCAGCAGCUCGUGGGCAGCAACUCCAAGCCAGAACAGUUUCACAUUUUUGUGGGCGAUCUGAGUGCCGAAAUCGAAACGCAACAGCUGAAAGAUGCAUUCACCCCAUUCGGAGAAAUAUCAGACUGCAGAGUUGUGCGCGAUCCGCAGACGUUGAAAUCAAAGGGCUAUGGCUUUGUCAGCUUUGUCAAGAAAUCGGAGGCGGAAACCGCCAUCACUGCAAUGAAUGGCCAAUGGCUGGGCUCGCGCUCGAUACGCACAAAUUGGGCCACCCGAAAGCCGCCGGCAACCAAGGCAGACAUGAACGCCAAGCCGCUGACCUUUGACGAGGUCUACAACCAGAGCAGCCCCACCAAUUGCACUGUCUACUGUGGCGGCAUCAACGGCGCCCUCUCCGGUUUCCUCAACGAGGAGAUCCUGCAGAAGACCUUCUCGCCGUACGGCACAAUACAGGAGAUACGGGUCUUCAAGGACAAAGGAUAUGCAUUCGUGCGCUUCUCCACCAAGGAGGCGGCCACCCACGCCAUCGUGGCCGUCAACAACACGGAGAUCAACCAGCAGCCGGUGAAGUGUGCGUGGGGCAAGGAGAGUGGCGACCCCAACCACAUGUCGGCCAUUGCCGGUGGGGCCUUGGCCCAGGGAUUCCCCUUCGGCUCGGCGGCCGCGGCGGCCGCAGCGGCUGCCUACGGACAGCAGGUGGCCGGAUACUGGUACCCGCCGGCACCCACAUAUCCGGCGGCAGCCCCCGCCAGUGCCCUCCAGCCAGGACAGUUCCUGCAGGGCAUGCAGGGAUUCACCUACGGUCAAUUCGCCGGCUACCAGCAGGCAGGAUACAUGGGAAUGGGCGUGCAGCUGCCUGGCACCUGGCAGAGUGUGCCGCCCCAGCCUCAGCUGGCCAGUGCAGCGGCAGCCACUGCGCCGCAGAUCACACAGAGUGUGGGCAGCGCACUGCCGCAGGCGGCCGGAGUGGUCGCCUAUCCGAUGCAGCAGUUCCAGGUCAGUCCACAGCUGGCGGAGGAUGAGUGGCUGGCGCCCAGUCUGCUCGUGUAGCUGCCAUGAGGGAUGGCCAUGUAUCCCACACAGCAGCAGCACCAGCAGCAGCAGCAACAGCAACAGCAUCAGCAGCAACAGCAGCAGCAUCAGCAGCAGAUGCUGCAGCAGCAACAUGAGCAGCAGACGUCCGGGGAAUAUGUGAAGGA